CCGGGAAAAACCCUGAUUGGCUGAUUUCUCCUCGCUGCUGCGCGUCUGGCACAAAUAUUUAACAAUGCAAAGUGUGUGUGUGCGGUAGUAGUGUCAGCGUGCGUGUGUGCGGUAGUAGUGUCAGCGUGUGUGUGUGUGUGCGGUGCUAUUCUGUCUGCGCGUCUGCCUGUGGCAGGUGUGACAGUGCCUGGGCUAUCUGUGGAUGACACUCAAUACACACCUGCGGGCAGAUCAUGAUUUUACAAGGAAGCAACAUUAUGAAUAUUAAUCCAAGUGCCAACUCCCACUCCCAUCAUCAUCAACCUACCUGGACUGCUCCCUACCCUACAUGUGAUGGAUUCUUCAUGGGUCAGUGGCAUGACAUCCAUCCUCAGUACUGGACUAAGUAUCAGGUCUGGGAGUGGCUGCAGCAGUUCGUGGACACCAAUCAGUUGGACGCCACUUGCAUCCCUUUCCAGGAGUUUGACAUCACCGGGGAACGCCUGUGCAGCAUGACCCUGCAGGACUUCACGCAGGCCGCGGGCGCCGCCGGGCACAUCUUGUACAGCCAUGUGCAAAGUCUCAAGUGGCACGGCCAAUAUGGGAAUCAAGUUCUUCAGUCCCUCAAUGUCGUUAUUAAGACAGAGCAAACAGAUCCUGGACCGAUUGCUCCCUGGAAAGAAGACCCAUUUUUAUAUGAAAACAGCUAUGAUGACUACGAUGGUAAAACAUUCUGCCGUAAUCAGCUCUCGUCGGCUACAGCUAAUCACUACAAUACAGCCUAUGCAGAACCUGACGUUAAGAAAUCUCAAGACCAUCCCCAGAGAACCAGCACAAAGAAACACAACCCCCGUGGGACACAUCUGUGGGAGUUUAUUCGAGAUAUCCUGCUUACACCUGAAAAGAACCCUGGCUUGAUAAGGUGGGAAGACCGCUCCGAGGGGGUGUUCCGAUUCCUCAAGUCCGAGGCAGUGGCACAACUAUGGGGAAAGAAGAAGAACAACAGCAGUAUGACCUACGAGAAGCUUAGCCGCGCCAUGAGAUACUACUACAAGAGAGAGAUCCUGGAGCAUGUCGAUGGGAGGCGUCUGGUCUACAAGUUCGGGAAGAACGCGCAAGGAUGGAAGGAGAACAACAGCUGAAGCCCACUAAUGGAACACUGCAGACACUGACUAAUUUAUUUAUAUGGGGGGCACAAGAAGACGCGGGGAUUAAAGACUUGGCGCCACUUCUCUACACUCAGGAGAAUGAUUAUGUACACAGUUUUCUGUGACUUGCAAUAUUUUAUAGGAUUUUGCUGCAUUGCAUGGGUAGCUCUUGGAUGUAAUAACGCUGGAUUAUUCUCUUAUAAUUGUCUUGGUUCCGCUUUGUAUGUACAGUACGCUAUGUAAAAAAUUUCUUUACAGAUUUUGCAAUAUCAUUGAAGGCAGCUGCAUCAUAAAAGGGUUUUCCCGGGACCCUGUGGUCCCCACAAACCCACCUAACUUUGUAGGAGAAAGUCUGUAAUAUACUUACUGUAUCGAGGUUGCGUGGUCACACAACGAUCCUCUCCCGACGUCACGUCCUUUACCAGGUUUCCGGCCUCAACUAUGGACGGUCACUUCUUCUGUGGACGGGGCCCAGGGGCGCACCACCAAUGAGGCCAGGUGAGGCGAUCGCCUCAGGCAGCACCAGGUAGGGGCAAGAGGGGGCAGCCAAAGGGCCAUAGGCAAAAUGGAAGGGGUUAGGUUAAAAAAUUGGCAUCGGGGGUUGGGGCGUCAUUUUGGUUUUCACCUCAGGCAGCAGAAAGGCUAGGCGCACCCCUGACGGGGCCACAACUAUUCGUGAAUACUCCUGAACACACCUCAUCUGCACAUGCACCAGGAAGAGCAAUAGUUCGGACCCCAUCUACAGCAGAUGUGAUGUCCCAGCCCAAGCAGAAAACCUGGUAAAGGACAGAAGCAGGAUUUUCAGAAGAGGAGUGUCCUGAGACUGUGUUCCCAUGUGACCAGUCCUACGGUAAGUAUAUUACAAACUUUCUCCUACAAGCAUAAAAUGUGUGAUUGAGGCGGGGCCCUCUGGGUCCCAGAAUAUCCCUUUAAAGGGAUAUUUUGGUCACAGCAAAUAAAGCUUAUUGAUUGAUGGUUUUUAAGAUCUCUGCUUGCUGUCAGAGAAUGAGAACCUUUGCAAUUUAGCAGAUGGAAAUCUGUCCUGUUCACGUGAUGAUCACACUAGUGCAGGGCUUGUUCCAGUGAGAGCACAGUUGCGUUUUUGAAUGGGCGAUCAUUACGUGAUCAGGACAGACGUCCAUCCUCUGGAAAUCAACAACAAAAGGUUUCCAUUCACUGAAAACCAGUAGGAAUUGAUACACAAAUGAUAUUAACUGUAACAGUAAAAAAAUAAAUCUACUGAAACCAUAAAAUAUCAAGUUUAAAAGGGCUUCUGGGAUUAAUAUGUUUUUUUUUUUAAUUUCUAAAUUUACUUCAAUCAUGUAUCAAAGGCGCCCAAUUAUCCCAAAACUGUGCGACAUGUCGUACCUGCUGAUGUCACGUGUCAUGUGUCGACAGUUCUAGCGCCAGAGCCAUGGUCAGGUGAUGACUUUGAUACUGAAUAUACAGUGAUUUAUAAAAAAACACGCACUUUGUUAUGUAGGCAACGGUGAUGAUAGCAGUCACGUUACACAUAUUGUUACAUGUUGUAGCUAUAGGGGGCGCUCUUUUAGAGAAAGCAAUGGUGUGAUGCUGACAGCAACGAAUCAGAGAUCAGCUUGGAUUUCAUGUUCAGAGAUUCAAAAGGGUUCUCCAAUCUGAACAACCCCCAUCUUAGAAUGAAAACCUACUAGUGAUCAACUGAUCGCUACAGGUCCACCUUCCAGGUCGUCAGCUGUAAUCACCAGUGGAAGCUAAGUGUACCCGUUCACUAAAAGGCUACUCAGACUUGAGAUGUCGUAUUAUGACAUGGCGUCUGUUAAACAAAAUACAUGCAUGGUCCUGCCGAGUCCGCCAAGACGGAUCUCUGCUGUAUCCCGUAGAGAGAGGUCCCAAGCAGGAGUCCCCUCUUGACAUCCAUAUACUGCAGAUGGGACAACCCCUUUACAGUUAUAUUCUGAUUGGCUGCUUUGAGCAACAUGGCCUCUUUACCGCUAACAUUUUUGCCAAAAAUAAAUAAAAAUACAUGAUCUUGCCGAGUCCGCCAAGGCGGUUCUCUGCUGUGUCCCGUAGAGAGAGGUCCCAAGCAGGAGUCCCCUCUUGACAUCCAUACACUCCAGAUGGGACAACCCCUUUUUCCGGGUUUAUUCUGAUUGGCUGCUUUGAGCAACACGGCCUCUUUACCGCUCACAUUUUUGCCAAAAAUAAAUAAAAAUACAUGAUCUUGCCGAGUCCGCCAAGUCGGUUCUCUGCUGUAUCCCGUAGAGAGAGGUCCCAAGCAGGAGUCCCCUCUUGACAUCCAUAUACUGCAGAUGGGACAACUCCUUUAGUUAUAUUCUGAUUGGCUGCUUUGAGCAACAUGGCCUCUUUACCGCUCACAUUUUUGCCAAAAAUAAAUAAAAAUACAUGUUCUUGCCGAGUCCACCAAGGCGGUUCUCCGCUGUGUCCCGUAGAGAGAGGUCCUAAGCAGGAGAGUCCCCUCUUUGACAUCCAUACACUCCAGAUCGGACAACCCUUGUCACUGUAUUCCUAUUGGCUUCUUUGGGCAAUAUGGCCUCUUUGCCUCAAUUAUUUUUUUACCAAGAAUAGAUAAAAAAUACAUACACGAUCCUCAUGAGUUCACCAAAUCUGUUCUUUACUGUGGCCCACAGAGAAGAGUCGUAAGUAGGAGAUAUACUCUAGUAAGGCAUGUAUCCCAACCGCUUUAAAGCUGUACUCUUAUUGGCUUCUUUGGGCAACAUGGCCAUUUUACCGUUCUCAUUUUUGCCAAAAAAAAUAUGGGAAUCACAUGGACAAAAAUAUGUCUUUAUAUUUUUUAAUGUAUAUAUGUCUUUUUAUUUACUGUGAAUCUGAUUACUUUACCUGUUACCGGGAAGAGGUGCUGGCUGCUAUUUUUGGGCAUUUCAAGUUUUAUGUCUAAGUCACUGGUGAAUUUUUGGGUAGACUUUUAGAAAAACAUUUUUUUUUUCCAUUAGGGGCGAUCAGCGAGCCAAAUACUGUGAGACUAAAUGCUAGAAAUCAUGGGAUCGUCUCCUGCAUACAGGUGUGGUAUCAGAGUUGUAUCCCUCCUAUAUUGGCUAAGGCUGGGGCCCUGGGGGCUACUAUGGCGCACACUGAGCUACAUGGGUGAUUUUCAAUAGCAUGAUCUAAACAAAUCACAGAUGGCUGAGCCCCAUUCUUUUGAGCAUACUUUGGGGAUGGGACUCACAAUUGUAUAAUGAGGAUUCAUGAGAAUAGGUCCAAACCUUCCUAAAAAUCUAAAUUUGGGGCAUUCAAGCCCCGACCCUGGAUACAGCCCCUAUAAUGUCCACUGCUUGACCGGGUUUACAUAAGACCUACCCAUUUUUUGGUUCUGGACAAGCUGAAUUUGCCAGCAUUGUCAUAGCAGGAGCUAUUGGUAAUGGCCGGUGGAGAUAUAGUUGCAUGGACAUUUGGGUGAUUAUGUUGUCCCUGCUGAUUACCUCGAGCUCCUACUAUAAGUCUUACAACUCAUGGCAGUCAAAGGGUCUGAUGAAGGUCAGCAUACAGGAGACAGACUGCUUGCUAAGGAUACACUGCCCAGAGGCCCUGUUAUCCAUAUUUCCAUAAACGAGGUGUUUCAAUCAUGUUUAGGGGCGUUCCUGGGAGUGGAGAUGGGUCAUGAUGAUGCUGAAUCAGGAAUCAUUCUAAGAGAGUGUGUGGGCACCAUGCGGACUCUCUCAGCAGUUUUUUUUUUAGCAUUAUAAGUAGUUCAAUUUCACAUUUUGUCUUUUGAUGUGAUUGUAGAUAAAUGUCUAAUUUGUACCGUAUUGUUUAUUAAUAAAAUGAACUUUCAGAUUA